AUGCCACGAAAAAUCGGAUUCAACGUCGUGUACGCAACCAGUGAGGAAGACAGACACUCCUCGUUGGAGUUGAACGUGCAUGGACCGACGGUAAGGGGUUGGCAAAGUUCGAGAAGAUGUAUAUAUCCCCAAGAACUAAUUCUGCGGCUCCAUGGUCCGACGAAGCUUACGAGAAUACAAGUGUUAGCUCAUCAGUAUCUAAUUCCGGAAAAACUGGAGAUCUGGACGUCGAGGGAAGAGAAUGCCUCUGUGACGACUGAAUUCAGCUAUUUGGGUUACAUCACGUUGUCCGACAAUGCCUCGACCAUGUACAAAAGCAGAGAGUUGAAAAGUGUCGCCCUUCCGGAAACAGAGGCGGUCUCGCUCAAGCUCAGACUUCACAAACCGCACAGUAACGCGCACAAUGUUUAUCAACAGGUCGGCCUUAUCGCUAUUAAUAUCCUCGGUGAACCUUACGGUCAGUCGCUCACUGGCCAAGGUGAUGCACCGUACAAUCCCCAUUACACUUCCCCGUACGAUGAUUUAGCCUUUGAAAUGUACGUGGAUCGAGAGGUGGCUAAGAUCAUAAGGCAGAUGGAGGCGAAAAAAUUGCAGGCAGUCGAAGAGGAAAGAUUCGAGUACGCUUCGAAGCUAAAGGUAGCAAUGGAGAACUUGAGGAAAGCUGGAGAACGUCUUGGAAAAUACGAAUUGGAGAAGAAGUACGCUAUAGCGUUAGAGGACUACGAUAAGGCGAAAGCGAAAAAAGCUCAAGCGCAACAAUAUAGACAGCAGGUUUAUCAGAGUUUAGAGGUGCAAGAUCUACUAGAACUUCACGGGCCGUUGGAGAAGAAUAACGUGUCGUCAACGGAGGGCAAGGAACCCAUAUCGAUAGAUACCUGUAGCUCGACUGCGGCUGCAGUUCCCGAGGACAUCACGUCUCCUCCGAGAUUAGUAAUUCCGCCGAAUCGUGAUGGAGCUAUAUCACCGACUGGUCCCGCGCAUCAACCACCUGUUUCGCCGCUUCAUCAGAAACCAAACAGCCCUGAAGUUACCGAUAGUCCUACGAACGGGGUCGUGGAGAGACAGAACAACUGCAACAAAGGAUCUCUCAGGAGAAAAACCAAAUCUGCAGGACCCGCGCUUCGUUCAAGCUACGAAGCUUACGAGGAGAGAACGAUUCCUGCUUUGAGACACUCGCACACGAACGAAUUCACGAGAGAGUGCCACAUAGAUAACACAGAGACGAAGGUUAUAUCGAAAUUGAACGACAGAGAGAAGAAACAAGCUGCCUUACCGAUCGCUGUCUUCGGAAUGGAAAUGGUAGAGAAAUUCUACUCGAAACAAUUCACGGAUAAAGAGGAGGGUUUGAUGCAACUGAAAGAGGAACUGAAAACCUUCGAUCCUGAAGUGUCAAAGCAUUCUGCGAAUAAGACAGCAAGAGCUGCGAUUCUGUUACUGCACAGAGCUCUGAGAGACAAAGUUUUCAGUGUGUACAGUCUGGCAGCGCAACUGAUUAGAAUUUUCUUCUCUGAAUUUGCUACAGAUAGAGUAUCUUCUACGGAGAUUGCAAGAAGCGUGGAAAGGCUUCUUCCAGAGUUACUAACUAAAUCAGGAGACACAACUCCGAGGAUUCAUAACAUGGCAGUGCAUACAAUAUUGAGUAUGGCGGACUGCAAAUGCGUCAGAGAAUUGCAUAUUAUACCGGUGCACUUAACUAGACCUGUUAGCACUAGCACUCAUCAAAGGUUGGCACUCAGUAGACUAGAAAUGGUGGAGCAAUUGAUCCUGAAUCACGGAAUAUCCACCGAUAAACAAAGUGGACUGACUUGUCGGACGUUGUCAGAAUUGGGUUCCUCGGGGUUGCACCAUCCGGCUGAAGCGGUGAGGAAAGUUUCAGAAAGGAUCUUGGUGUUGGUGUACAAAGUGAAUCCUAGAUUGGUCCGCAAACAAUUGCCACCUGACGAUGAUAUUACCAGGAGGAAUUUGUUGUAUCGUCAACUCUUUCACGAAUUCGAUCUCAUCGAUCUUCAGAGGAAAAAGGAAGCGGAAGCUAGUCAUAAGACAACGACACCCACGCGAACGAAAUCGACGGAGAAUAACGUGGCGAACUUAACGAAAUCUCCUUCGAGAACGAGUCCUGUUGUUAGCACUGGAAGCUCAACAAGUAUAACAUCUCCGUCCGAGAAUAGUACAGAGCAUAAGGGUGACAAGAUGUGCAUAUUUUGCCUUUCCAAGGGACAAGGGUAUUCUGAAGAGGGACUGAACAUUCAUUAUUGGAGAAGUUGCCCUAUGCUAACAAAGUGCGAAGCGUGCAAACAAGUGGUAGAAAUUUCGUACUUGAACUUACAUUUGUUAAAUGAAUGUGAUAUGAGAAGCAAUUACGUAAAAUGCGAGACGUGCAAGCAAGCAAUUCAUGAAAAUUCCUUCGAAGAACACAGAAAAGAUAACAAGUGUACAAAACCCAUCGAGGGCUACGAUCGUUGUCCACUCUGUUCCACUCUUGUAAAUCAAAAUAAAUGGAGGGAGCAUCUGAUGGGUGAACAUCCCUGUGCGAACAACCCUCGAAAUAAACCAGGGAAAAGUUGUUCAAAAUCUCCAUCCAAUUCUCAGAAUUUCGUCGGAAAAACAACAACACCGACCAGUAGAGAUUAUUAGCACCAAC